CUGAAGUCACCACAAGAAGCCAAGGUACCACCCGUUCGCCUCGCAGCAAUGGCGUCUCUCGUGGCCGCCUGCCUUCCUCAAGGAAUCGUCUCGCUGGCAGCGCGGCCCAGCAAGGAGCAGCUUGGCGUCAGGCGACAAACCUACCGGCUGCCGGUGACACGAGCUGCAGCCUCUCCUGAGGGCAGUGAGUCUUCAGCAGCCACUCAGACGCCUCCUGCUCCUGCUGGCGGUAGCGACAGCAGGGCCUCUGGGGACGUGUGCAAAGCUUGCGGCAGGGCAGAGAGGGUUGGAGGCUGCAAUGGGGAAGGUCGCAUUCAGGGUGGAGUGGGUGCGCUCCCAGGGUUCCAGUGGUUCCCGGUGAAGGUGUAUCGACCAUGCCCUGCGUUUGUUGAGGCCGGAGGGAAGUACAAGCGCCUAGGCCAAAGCCUGGAUGAAAUGGCGUUUGGUACGAAAGCUGAUGGGGAUGACAAGGACAUCUCUGAACGCCUCAAGGGGUAAUGGCAUGGCAAUACCAAGUUGUCACCAUUCCACCUGACUUUGGGAAAGAGCAUCCACGCUUGGGAUUCUCCCCCCCCCCCCCCCCCCCCCCUAUUAGCGAAUAUAGGAAAGUGAUUGCAGCAACCUCCAAUGUUGGUCAAACUUAAAAUAUGUGUGAAUACAUUUGGUUGUUAAACGGUCUUGUUAUCGUAGCACUUGUACUAACGAACGUUUAGUAAUGAAA